AUGGAGCCAGAGGCGUCGUCCGCCCAUGCCGCCUCCACACACCCCGCAAGGGAUGUCGUUCUCAAGGUGUCCCAAGUCUUCUCCGCGUGUGCCUUCUGCAAGGCCCGGAAGAUCAGGUGUGACGGCAGUGCUCCAUGCGGAGGCUGUACCAAGUUUGGCAGAGCGAGCACUUGCUCACUGUCCUCCAUGCAGCAGACUCACGGCAGGGACUAUGUUACGUACCUGCAGCGGAGAAUACAGAAGUUGAAAGGUGACAUAGAGCGGGUACAACGCGAUCCCACCGCCACCUUGGGCGAAACAGCAGACCAUGGCCACGAUGACCCGAUUGGUCUACACGGUGAUUUCUCAGGUCGCGCAGACUCUGAGGGGCAUCGGUCAAUGAUCGAUGCCCUGAUCUCUGACAUCGGAGCUCUUCCGAUCCUGGCCUCGUCGUAUCAAGGAUCGUCAUCAGAUGGGCCAUCAUUAUCUACCGUCGUGCUUGGUGCGGCAUCUAAGAAUCCUAUCCAAGCAGAAGCACCAGAGCCUACCACCCUGGCUGAAGCUCAGCCACUCCUUCCGAAACACUCUACAGCGCAGAAGCUGGCACACCACUACAUCACCAACAUCUAUCCUCGUCUCCCGUUCUUCUCUAUCCAGGGCUUCUGGACUCAGUUUGAAUAUGUCUACUCCGCCGCGACCCAAGAGGUGCCACCUUCCACCAAUACAGCUUCGGCAUCCCAAGAUCCGGCGGCAUUGCUCUCUCCCGAGCGCCUCGAUCAUACAGCGGGCUCCGUGAACCACGGGUACAGCUGCUUCACUGUGCUUAUUGUUCUGGCCAUAGCAACAUCGAGUCUUUCGAGGAGUACAGACAGCAUCAUCUCAAACAACGCCGAAAGGCUGUUUCACGCAGCUUUACUGUUUCGAGAAUCAGCCAUUCUUCCUAAUACUGUUGUGGGGGUUCAGUCUAUUCUCUUCCUCAUUCAAUAUGCGACCCUGAAUCCCUCCAGCCUCAACGCCUGGUAUCUGAUCGGGGUCGGCAUCCGCCUCUGCACGGAUCUCGGGUUACAUCAGGACCCUCAGCCCCUCGGUUCCACGCCCCCAAGUCUACUCGAGACCCGUCGGCGUCUCUGGUGGAGCAUGUACUCGUUUGACCGGUCCAUGUCCAUCGGCUUAGGUCGUCCAAGGGAAAUCUCAGACAAUGUCAUUGGCGCUGAGUUGCCUAGCUUCCAGAUUGGGUCAACGGCUAGUGAAGUUGAGAUCUCGGGAUAUCUGCAGAGAUAUCGAAUACUUCAGCUACAAUCACUGAUCUAUGAUGGGUUGAACACAACCCCAGAGCAGUCUGAUCGAAGCACCGAUCAAACAUUAGCCGAUCUACGCGACAAGCUGAAUUCAUGGGCUCACAAUAACUCGCCUCUCCACACCCAAGAGCUUGUUGAGAGCGAGUAUCUCAUGGGAAUGAUGUUGCUCUGUCGUCCAUGCAGGUUGAUACCCCAGAGAACGCCGGAAGAGCUUCUAGAGCUCUGGAACUCGGCACUUAACUUUGCGCGCAUAUAUCGGACUUUGGCAGAGUCGAACGGAAUCUUCUACGUACAGAUCGCGUCCGAGAAGGUCUACUGGACUGGCCUUGCCAUGCUCUUUGUCUACUGGAAACUCAGAACGGGUCGGAUCCGGCCAAUCGAGCUUUGGAUGGCUGUCAAAGAUGUCACUUUCAUCUUGCGGACACUAGCAGAGCGGUGGGAAGAAGGCAAGGUGCUGGGCGAAAAUUUUGAGAAGACGAGCGCGAAAGUCAUCGAGCUGAUAGAGGGUGUCUCUUCUCAAGGCGGACAAGGUAUAACUACCGAUAUCGAUUCCGCUAUGCCAGACGAGGUCAAGUCCUUCCCCAGGUACUCCAGCUUGACCAGCAUCUGGACUGCUGACCGGGUGGGGGGUUAUCCUGGUGCGUCACCGCAAAGCGAAGAUAUGCUGCAAAGCCUCAUUGCCGAGAUCGUAAGAGGGUAG